GUCCAUGUCCAUUUCAUAUCAAUCUAUGGUCAAAAAUUAUUCUAGGGCAACAUUGAAUUGAAUGUCACUUUCAAAAAUUUGUUCUCUUUUUGUCUAUAGUCCGUCUUUUUCUUCCGGUUGUCAAUAUGGGUGUCGACAUCAACCAUAAACAUGACAGGAAAGUUCGGCGCACUGAAGUCAAAUCUAAGGAUGUAUACUUGAGAUUGCUCGUAAAAUUAUACAGAUACUUGGCAAGACGUACAGAAGCCAAGUUCAAUCAGAUCGUCCUCAGACGGUUAUUCAUGAGCCGUAUCAACCGGCCGCCUCUGUCCCUGUCGCGGUUAUCACGUCACAUGAGCAAGCCUACUCGUGAAGGCCUGAUCGCCGUUGUAGUGGGCACAAUAACCAACGAUGUGAGGCUGUACAAGGUCCCCAAGCUCACAGUGGCUGCCCUGCAUGUGACUGAGAAAGCGCGCGCCCGUAUAUUGGCUGCUGGAGGAGAGAUCUUAACAUUCGACCAGCUUGCUCUCCGUGCUCCCACGGGCCGCAAGACAGUCCUCGUCCAGGGACGCAGGAACGCCCGUGAAGCAGUCCGUCAUUUCGGACCAGCUCCUGGCGCGCCUCGCUCUCACACCAAACCUUAUGUGCGCUCAAAGGGACAUGAGCGCGCUCGGCCGAGCCGUCGCUCUAAUGUGUAAUCUUUUAAAUAUAAGGAGUACAAUCUA